ACCUCGUUGCCGUGUCCCGUGACCAGCUCACGUGAAUUUUGACAAAUUCAAACAUUUUUGGUAGAAAAAGAAUGGAUAUAUUGGAGCAGCACCUCGAACAGCAGGAUGUCAGGUCUCCUCAAGGUCAUCACGUAGUGCACAGUGCGCACUUACAAGACUUAGGACAACGGUCGUGGAACACUGUUAACGCGAAGGAUGAAGGCGGCACGGGAAUUGUUAUUGAAGAGGCGGAAAUCGUCGACUGCGAAGGAGAAACUGUGGGAGAAGAUGGGAUGCGCUACCAAGAAGCUUUGGCAUAUAGGGUGGUACAAGUAAAUGGCACUACUACCGGCAAUGAAAUAGAAUUACCAGUGACACAACCAGGGAAUAAUACUGUACAGGUCUUGACAUCCCCGUUGAAUGGUCAAUUUUAUGUCAUUGGGAGUGCUAAUGAUGUUUUCACCACUGCACAGACCUCUAGAUCAUUGGUCCCUAGAACAACUACUUUACAGAUAGAAACACCAAGGAAUUGUACCACUGGAUUGAAGAAGAGAGAUGAUAGACGGAGAGCAACUCAUAAUGAAGUCGAGCGUCGACGAAGAGAUAAAAUAAACAAUUGGAUUGCAAAAUUGGGAAAAAUUAUUCCUGAAUGCAAUGCUACUGCGAAUGCGAAUGCAAAUGGAACAGGAACUGGAACUGGAACUGGAACUGCUAGUAGUGGUGAAGGCAAAGCAAAUUAUGAAACUCAGAGCAAAGGAGGAAUUCUGGCUAAAGCUUGUGAGUACAUAGGAGAGUUGCAAGCAGCUAAUCAGGGACUGGGUCAGUGUUUGCGGGACAAUGAAAAAUUACGGCAAGAAAUAACUGCUUUAAAGCAGAUCGUUACACAGUUGAAACGGGAGAACCUCCAACUCAGAUCUCAACUAUCCUCUGCUACGGGAACUAACGUCGACGUUGGUCAUUUGAGUCCUUAA